ACAGUAAUUGAACCAAAAAAAAAAAAAAAAAUAGUUUUGUAAUUUUGCGUAUGAAUAAUCAUUUUUUAUUGUUUUAUUGCAUAUACAUUUUACUCAAGAUAAGCGAUGUGCACCCUUAAGAUUUUCUUGAUAUGCUCUACUUUUUAUUCCGCGAUUUUUGCCCAACUUACGCCGAAAAUAGCAAUUGUUGGUGGUGGCAUUGGAGGAACAUCGUGUGCCUAUUUUCUCAGACAACUCUUUCGAGACAAAGCGGAACUCACUCUGUAUGAACGAGACACCAUCGGAGGAAGAUUGAAUGUUUUGAAUGUAGAUGGGGAUUUUUAUGAAGCUGGAGGCUCAGUUAUCCAUCCUAGCAACAAACAUAUGGUUGAUUUUACUAAACUUUUAGGUCUUAGUGUACGAAAACCUACUUCAUCACGUUUUGGCAUUUAUGAUGGAAAGCAGUUUGUUUUUGAAGAAAGUGAGUGGCACUUUAUUACAAUGGCAAAAUUUCUUUGGCGAUAUGGGAUUUCUUCGCUUGGUCUCUUCAAAUGGGUCCAAUCAAUUUUGAGUGACUUCAACAGGAUUUACAACUUACAGGAAAAAGAGUAUGCUUUCACUACUCUUUCUGGUAUGUUGGAAUGGAUGAAUCCCUCAUUCCGAAAUAUGACUCAGGAAUCAUUGGCAGCUUUUUUGCAAAGGAAAAGUUACUCACAGCUCUUCUUGGAUGAGCUAGUUCAAUCGAUCAACAUGGUGAAUUAUGGACAAACCAAUAACAUUAGUGGCUUUGCAGGCUUUGUUUCUCUUGCUGGAGCAGAUAAUAAUUUGUGGAGUGUCGAAGGAGGGAAUAAGCGUGUUCCCGAAGGCCUUUUGGCAAAAUCAAAAGCAAAUAUCAGAACGGGUGAUGUUUCUGAAAUCAAGUUGAUGGCAGAUGGAACAUAUGCUCUUUCUUUUUACGAUGGUUCGUCGAAGCAGAAUCUUUCGACGGCUCACUACGACAUUGUCGUCGUUGCAUGUCCCUUAAUAAGAAAUUCUGAAAACAUUAAGUUCACAAACUUUCAGACAGAUUUUUUCCAGUUCCAAAGCAGAUUCCAUCCGCUAGUGACGACUUUUGUACAAGGCGAAUUAAAUCCGUUAGCUUUCGAUCAAAAGGCUGUGCCCGAUGAAAUAUUGACGUGCAAGAGUUCCCUCAGUUUUAACAGUCUGAGUAAGGUUUCGCCUGUCAGUGAAAUCAAAAGUAAAAGCAAAAACAGGGUUUACAAAGUUUUCAGUGAAAAGCCUUUGACAGAAGAGGUCUUGAAACAGUUGUUCAAACAUACUACAGGACUUAAACAAAAGGAAUGGUUAGCUUAUCCUCAUUACGAAGUUCCAAAACAACUGCCUCCUUUCCUCCUUCAUCGCAGACUUUAUUACACGAAUGCUGUUGAAUUAGCAGCAAGUGCAAUGGAGAUGAGUGCCAUUGCAGGGAAAAAUGUUGCUCUGCUGGCCUAUAAUAUGUGGCAUCAUUUAGACCACAAGGUGGAUAAUUACAAAGAAAUGCAUAAAGAUGAAUUAUAAAUGUCGUAAUUAAACUGUUUUCAUUUCU